AAAGCGAAGGGAGACGACCCAUCCUUGUUGAUCAGCAUCGACUUCGAUUUAUUGAUUCAAACAUUCACUUUUUAUAACAGUGUUAAUCAAGCUCAUACACAUUGCAAAAUCUGAGCUCAUCAUAGGCUACAGAGCAAACUCUAACCCCUCCUUUUGUUUUCAAUACUUGUGGUUUGUGUUCUCACCGUGAUAUGAGUGGUUCUCAAAACUCACAUUUACUUUCCCAAAACAGACAAAGAUAGAAUGUUCACCUGUUAUGAGAAAACUAUCUGAGAACCCUGAGAACCUAGUUGUUUACAGAAACAGGCUGUGAGAAUUGCUGCUUUCAGCUGUAUAUUCUCAUGGCCUCUUUCUUUAAGCCAUGUUUGAACCAAGCUCUCCACAGUUGGGCAUCCCAGCGUUGAUGGGCCUGGGGAAGCUGGGUUAUCUGGGAGCAGGGUUAUCUGGCAGCAUGAUGAGCCCUGCUUCCUACCACUAGGACUCAAGUAUUGGUGACACCAAGUGGUUUAAGGGCAGGACUCCUUGCUGCAGGAGUCCUGAUUGCUCACAGUCCUAUGAAGUCCCACCUGGGCAAGGUCAGGGAGGAAAAAUACAUGGAGGACAGCUCAGCCUGAGUCCAUGUUGUGCUGGAGGCUGGGGCUGUGCCAGAGAGCAGCAGCUGUACCCGUGCUGGGCAGCCACUCUGUGGGGUUGGAUGGCUCCUUGUCCUUCUGCCUUUCCUGCUGCAGUCAUCCCCAGGGGACACGUGGUCCCUUUGCACACAUGCUGAGUGCAGUGCUCACUGCUCCCUACAUGGAACUGCUCACACUCACCCGUUUACAGGAGAGCCUACACUGGCAGCUGGAUCAGGUGAUCCCUGACCAAAGCCCUGGGACUGCUUGCAAUGCCUGGUCCCUCCCUGGCCUUGCAGCCCAGCCCUGUACGAGGCAGAGGGGUGGCUGCCAGGGCUGGCAAGCAGAAGGGAAAGCCACGGCCGCGGUGGCCAAAGCUCACCUGGAGGGGCGCUGAGCUCCUUGCAGCCAUCUCCUGGAGGGGCAAGAACACCCUGAGCUCAUCUGGUGCCACCCCCCAUGUCGCCUGCCCAGCGGGGUCGCGGCUCCCUCACGUGCCCCGUCAAACAUUAACAGGCGCGGCAGCGGCAGAGGCAGCGGCAGCCACCAUGGCCCUCAGCACCCGCCUCACCGCCUGCCUCCGGCCCGCCCUGGCCGCUCUGCGCCGGGCAGCCCCCAGGCACUGCCGGGGGCUCAGCACCCCGCAGGCAUCAGAGCCCUCAUUCAAUCUCGGCGGCAUCUUCCCGCCGCUCGCCACCCCUUUCUCGCCCACACAGGAGGUGGACUAUGCCCAGCUGGAGGGGAACCUGCGACGCUACGCCCGCAUCCCCUUCCGAGGGCUGGUGGUGCUGGGCUCCAACGGGGAGUAUCCCUACCUGGCGUCCCGUGAGAAGGUGGAGGUGGUGAGCUGCGUGCGCCGGGCUCUGCCCAGGGACCGCUUGCUGCUGGCUGGCUCAGGCUGUGAAUCCACCCAGGCCACCAUCGAGCUGACAGUCAGCAUGGCAGAGGCAGGGGCUGAUGUGGCGCUGGUUGUGACACCCUGCUAUUAUCGGGGGGCCAUGACCACUGCUGCCCUCAUCCAUCACUACACAGAGGUUGGCGACGCAUCCCCCAUCCCUGUGGUGCUGUACAGUGUCCCUGCCAACACUGGCCUGGACCUGCCCAUGGAGGCUGUCACCACCCUGGCUCAGCACCCCAACAUCAUUGGGAUCAAGGACAGCGGUGGGGACAUCACCCGCAUGGGGCUGAUGAUCCACAAGACAAGGCAGGAGGAUUUCCAGGUGCUGGCAGGAUCAGCUGGCUUCCUGCUGGCGAGCUACGCUGUGGGUGCCUCUGGGGGUGUGUGUGCCCUCGCCAAUGUUCUGGGUGACCCACUGUGUCAGCUGGACCACCUGUGCCGCACGGGGCAGUGGCAGGAGGCCCAGGACCUGCAGCACCGCCUCAUUGAGCCCAACACAGCGGUGAGCAGGCAGAACCCCAUGGCUGCUGAGGGGAGGGGUGCCAGGCCAGGACACAGGCAAAGAAUGGAAGUCCCUUGGGCUGCAGGGGGUGGAGGGGUGGUUCAGGGGGACAGAACGGCACAGCACCUUGGCCAGCGAGCCAAGACAGGCUAGAGGUGAGAAGGUGGAAAGUGCCAGCCCUGUCAUGUUGAGGAACAGCUUGUCCACUGGCACCAGGCAGUGGUGCGUGACCCUCUGUGAGAGCCUUGCUGGCUAUUUAUAGGCAGCAGUGUGUGUGGGGGAAAAGCUGUUCUUUCCGGGGCCCCUCAUCCCACUAUAGAGUGGCCUGUCCCUGCUGCAGAGCCCAACGUGCCACAGAGCUCCUGUGUGGAGUCCUGUGUGCGUGUGCUCUGCCCCCCACCCCACAGUGGGCACUUCAUGGGGUGCUGCAGCCACCUCACACCCUGCCAGCCUUGCAGCCCCACAUGGGGAGGACAAGAGUGAUGGCAAGCAAAGCCAUGGGAGCAGGGGCUGCACAGCAGAGCCCAGAGAGCAUGCUGCCCCAUGGGGGCCAGGAAGCCUCCAUGCCCUCCCUCCGUCCCACAGGUCACCCGCCGGUUUGGCAUCCCAGGGCUGAAGAAGGCCAUGGAGUGGUUUGGCUACUAUGGAGGCCCCUGCCGUGCACCCCUGGCCCCUCUGA